AGUGGAAUUCUUUGGUUUGGUGGAAGGGCUAGUUUGUGUCGUUUAAUAAGGUUAUGUGCAAGUGUGUGUUUGUGUAGUAUAAAUAAUUUGGUUUAAGCUUAAGGAAAAAUGGCGAGAAGAAUACAGGAACCAGAUGCGACGAUUGCAUACGUGCAGAUGGAUGGCUUGGCUGUUAUGAAGAUGAUUAAACAUAGCCAUGAGGAGGCCACCAGGAACUUGGAAGUGGCGCAGGGUGCAUUGCUUGGUCUUGUCGUGGACAAUCGUUUGGAAAUCACAAACUGCUUUCCAUUUCCAAAACAUAAUGAUGAAAGCAUAGAUGAAGAGGAAUACCAGCUGGCCAUGAUGCGUCAACUGCGGAGAGUAAAUGUUGAUCAUUUCCAUGUUGGUUGGUACCAGAGUGCUGAUGUGGGGAACUUUUUAAGUCUUCCCCUUCUGGAAUCCCAGUACCACUACCAGACAUCUAUUGAAGAGUCAGUUGUUGUCAUUUAUGAUACCCAGAAAACAGCACGUGGAUUCUUAGCUCUGAAAGCAUAUAGAUUAACUCCUCAAGCUAUUCAAAUGUAUAAAGAAAAUGAAUUCACCCCAGAAGUUUUACGGAACCUGAAAAUAGGUUAUGAAAGUUUAUUUACAGAAGUACGAAUUGUAAUUAAAAACUCUCACUUGACAAAUAUUAUGUUGUCAGAGUUGGCAGAAAUGGUACCGGAGGAAGAAGGAACCAAAUUUCUUGAUUUGGGAACAGCGUCUGUUUUGGAAAACCAGUUGCGUUGCCUCAUGGACAGAGUUGAUGAAUUGAAUCAAGAGGCCAUUAAGUUCAAUCGCUACCAACAACAGGUUAAUAGGCAGAUUCAGGAUAAAAACAGAUAUCUACAAAAGAGGGCACAAGAAAAUGCCAACAGACAAGGUAAAAAUGAGCCACCUCUUCCUGAAGAAGACAUCAAUAAGCUGUUCAGGCCAAUUCCUGUGCCGCAGCGUCUCAAUCCUAUGAUAGUAUCUGGCCAAAUAAAUACUUAUAGUCAACACAUAUCUCAGUUUUGCUCACAGGCUCUUGCAAAAUUGUAUAUCACUCAAGCACUCCAGAGUGCAAAGGAAAGCAAAAACCAUUAAGUUGUGUGUCAGUUAUUGUCUGAAUUGUAUCUUGAAAUAAAUGUGUGUGAUAUU